AUGAUGUCGAAGAAAAUCCUGCAGUUGCUUAUAGUGGUGUAUCUGACAUUCUUCAUAGGUUUAGUGGUAUGCCAAGAGGAAACCACAGUACCGGCAACCACAAGAGCUGAAGGUGAAGAAGAGGAAGAAGAAGAACCUCAGAAAAAGGGCUGUUCUAUUUGGUGCUGGAUACAAAAGAUAGCCAUGUUUGUUAUCUCUCAACUGCUGAGCGGUUAA